GCAGACUAACAGUGAGACUCUCUGAAAAAUGACAUUGUUCAUCCCAGAUAUGGCAGCUGGACAUAUGUUUUUGGUCUUCCUCAUUUUCUAUACCUUCCAAUAUGUCAAAGCCCAAGAUCGUCCUAAGCCCAGUCUGACUCUGAAUCAUGCAGUCAUCAGAGAGAGAGAAUCUAUUCAGCUGAUCUGUGAGACUCCAUCUGUAUCUGAGUCUCAGUGUCACUUCAUCAUAGAGGGGAAACAGAUCUCACAUCCUUCACCAUGUCAGAGCACACUAACAGGAUAUCAGCUGCUUCACUGGGCAGGUCAAAGUUCACCUGUUGAGGUCAAAAUUCUAUGUUUCUACAUGGUGGAGACAAACUAUUCAUCAACACACAGUGACCCUGUCUCAUUGAGGAUUCUGGAUCAACGAAACCUCCCUCAGCCCAAUCUGAUAGUGAUUCCCACAGUUAUCAGAGAGGGAGACUCAGUUCAGCUGAGCUGUGUGACUCCUCAAUCUCUCUCUGAAUGUCAGUGUGGUUUCUAUGAAGACACGAAACUUCAUCUACCAGAACGAUCCUGUGAACAGACGGUCACAGGAACUCAGCUGCUUUCUUGGGCAGGCCAAAAAUCGUCAGCUGUGCUCCAGGUGCAGUGUUUCUACGUUGUAGAAAGAUAUUACCCAUCUCCUUCCAGUAAACCAGUCAUUGUCACAGUCCAGGGUUCAACCACUUCUUUGACCUCCAUGGCAACAUCAUCAGGUUUGACCACUCCUUUGACUCCCAGCAAGGCAGUGAAUCCUACAUCAGGUUCAACCACUUCUUUGACCCCGACAGCAAUGACAUCAGGUUUGACCACUCCUUUGACUCCCAGCAAGGCAGUGAAUCCUACAUCAGGUUCAACCACUUCUUUGACCCCGACAGCAAUGACAUCAGGUUUGACCACUCCUUUGACUCCCAGCAAGGCAGUGAAUCCUACAUCAGUGAAACCAUCAUGGCUUGCAGCAAUAGUUGUGGGUAUUUCACUGGCCAUGUUCCUGGUGGUGGGAUUAACAGCUGUCUGUCUGUAUAAGAAGACACAUAGAAGCAAAUCUCAGAGACCUCAAGCCAAACAGGACAAACAUAAGCAACAAUUAGUGAUGACAACCGAAAGCAGUGGAACUAUGGUGCAUUCAGGGGAUAAGGGACCUUAUACUCUCAUCCCCACGGUGCUGACCACGUUCAUGCCCUCAGGUCCUGUUGGAGAAAAUGAAGAAUCCUCUGAAUAUUACAAUUUUGACACAGACCAAGUGUACUGUUCAAUCCCUGACAGAACAGCAGCCUCAGCCCAGACAUACUACAACAUUGGCUUUCUGUAGAUAGUCUUCUGUACAGUUGCAUGUUUUAUUUUUGCUCUCUAUUCAAUCUCUUUGGAUUUGAAAUAUAACAAUGACAAUGGGAUAAAAAUAUAGAUAUAGAACAAAUAAAGCAUUGGUGAGUUUAGCAUUAUCAAACAACUUAGUAGACCCAAGAAGACAAUUAGUGGAUGACCAAAGAAUACUUUUAAGAUGAUGGAAAAACAUCCAACAACAGUCCAACAGACCUGGAACAUUUUCCAUGAGGUUGAGACUCAAAACAGUCAGUAAUGUAAGUUCUCAUUUUGAACUUAUUCAGCAACUCAAUCUCCUACAAUUUAAGUCCAAGAAUUAAUUAAAUGCUGGGAGACCAUUUUUUGUUUUAGAGUUCUGUUCUAAAACAACUACAGUAUAUACAGUUCAGAUUAGUUUUUUGCUUUGUAUGAAAUGCUCUCUGCUGUAAGAAAGCAAUAAUACUUUUUCAUUACAAAUAUUGAGGUUUGUUAGUACUUACUUAUCUCAUUCUUUCAUAGUCCAUAGAACUGCCUUGUCAUCAACAAAACAUCUUGAGUCCGUUUUCCCAGAAAGAGAUUAAGCAUUGAACUGCAACUCCUUUUCUUGAGAAAUUUCCCUUGACAUUUUAUAGUCAAGAAAUUCUUAACUAGUGCAAACAACAUGGUUCAUCGGAACAAGUCCUUACAGGCACCACUCUACACUAGACACUUCCCAUUAGUAUGAUGUUAAUUACUCGUCUCCAUUGUUCUUCCUUUCAUUUUUUGCUCUAAUCAGCUUACUUCAAUUUUUCUGGUAUUUAACAUCAAUCACAACAUAUAAAGGAAAGUCUUUAACUUUUUAGAUCACAAUACUUAACCACAAGUAUAUUUUUGUUUUUGUUCACAAAUGCAAUUAAAUCAGACAUUGAUUUUUAAUAUUGAACUAAAGCUAAGAGCAGUACAUUAAUACAAAGCGGACGCAAAGGAAAAUAUCUAGACACAUGACACAGAUGUGUCAUCCUUUUUAUAUUCUGUUGUGGACAUUAUGAAACCUGAUGCAUUCUUACUGUUUAAAGGACUGAGUCCCAUUGUUUGGAUGUGAGAAUGAAUGAGUUACUAGUUAAAGAUGCCGAGAGGGACAUCUGUCCUAGGGGGACAUCCUUUACCAGCAUCCUUGAUCAGCACCAGUGGAUUAGAUGGUUACUCAUAAAUCAGUAAAUCUGUAUAACCCUUUAGUGUCUCUGUUGAUUAUACAGACAUUGCCUCUCCUUAGGAGUUAAGGAUAAGGUGGGGGGACAGCCCGCCCUUUGGGUAAAUGUUACACAUGACAGAUGGGCAAUA